AUGGCCGACAGACUUCCUGGAGUGAUCGCUCUGUUCGAUGUGGAUGGCACCCUCACGCCGCCUCGGAAGCUAGUGGAGCCAGAAAUGGUGGAGUUUAUGCAGAAGCUCCGCAAGACAGUGACCGUUGGAAUCGUUGGAGGAUCGGACCUGUCAAAGAUCACCGAGCAACUGGGGCCUGACACUCUGACGGCAUACGACUAUGUGUUUUCCGAGAAUGGCCUCGUGGCACACAAAGGCGGCGAGCAGAUCGGUAGCCAGAGCCUGAAAACCUUCCUGGGCGAUGAUAAGCUCAAGGAAUUCAUCAAUUUCACUCUCCACUACAUCGCCGACCUUGACAUUCCUAUCAAGAGAGGAACAUUCAUAGAGUUCAGGAUGGGCAUGCUGAAUGUGUCUCCUAUUGGACGCAACUGUAGCCAAGAGGAAAGGGACGAGUUUGAGCGUUAUGAUAAGGUUCAGAAGAUUCGUGAAACUAUGGUUGGAGUGCUUCGGGAAAAGUUUGCAGACUUGAAUCUGACGUUUUCUAUUGGUGGCCAAAUCAGCUUCGAUGUCUUCCCGACUGGCUGGGACAAAACGUACUGCCUCCAGUUUGUUGACAAGGACUUUCCAACCAUCCACUUUUUUGGAGAUAAGACGUACAAGGGGGGCAAUGACCACGAGAUAUUCACAUCAGAGAGGACCAUCGGCCACACAGUAACUAGCCCUGCUGACACUCGAGUUCAGUGCACGGAGUUGUUCCUCAAAUCUGCUUGA